UCCUUUAUCCGUGGAAUCACGGCUUAAGAAAGAAGUCUUUCAAUUAUUUCACUGAAUCGGAACCCGCGGGUAAUUUUUCUCAGCAUCCCCCGUAUGAAAACUGAAUCGAAUAAGUCAACAGCUGGAUGCAUUCAUUUUAAGGAUAGAUGGAUCUUUCUCUUUGGCGGGGCUGAUUUCAUACGCACUCCUUUGAGAUGAAGCGAUAGUGCUGGUCCUCAUGUGCGCUUAGUUUCUUUUAUUCGAAGAGGCUGAAACCAUGGACGAAAACGCGUGGGCUUCCAUCCGUCUGUAGAAGUGUAAAAGGAGAACUUCACACGAGCUAACAACAUCAAAGGGACAACUUUUACCUGCAGAGAAACAAAAGAUAUAUUAUUUGUUUCGUGGGAUGCUCGUGACUGAAGUAGCGGAAGAUUACCCGUGGGCUGUGGAAAAAAGCUCCAGAAUAUGGGCGCAAAUCACUCCCACAAAACUCCUGUAUUUGACGAGAAUGAAGACGUUAACUUUGACCACUUCCAGAUCCUCAGGGCCAUUGGAAAGGGUAGUUUUGGGAAGGUAUGCAUCGUCCAGAAGAGGGACACAAAGAAGAUGUACGCCAUGAAGUACAUGAACAAGCAGAAGUGUAUCGAGAGGGACGAGGUUCGCAACGUCUUCAGGGAGCUGCAGGUCAUGCAGGGCCUGGAGCACCCCUUCUUGGUCAACCUUUGGUACUCCUUCCAGGAUGAAGAGGACAUGUUCAUGGUGGUAGAUCUUCUGCUGGGAGGGGACCUGCGCUACCACCUACAGCAGAAUGUACAUUUUAAAGAGGAGACUGUGAAACUCUACAUCUGUGAAUUAGCUCUAGCCCUGUACUACCUACAAUGCUGUCAUAUCAUCCAUCGAGACAUAAAACCAGACAACAUUCUCCUCGAUGAGCAUGGUCACGUACACAUCACAGACUUCAACAUCGCCACUGUGCUGCGGGAUUCCGAGAAGGCCACUUCCAUGGCCGGAACCAAGCCCUACAUGGCUCCAGAAGUGUUUCAGUCCUUCAUCGAUGGAGGUCCUGGUUACUCGUACCCUGUGGACUGGUGGUCUCUCGGAGUGACAGCAUACGAGCUGCUGCGUGGAUGGCGGCCGUACGACAUCCACUCCAACACAGCAGUGGAUGACAUAAUCAACAUGUUCCGCGCCGAGCGGGUGCACUACUCCUCCACGUGGUCUAAGGGCAUGGUAUCUCUGCUCAAGAGGCUCCUCGCCAAAGACCCCGAGUGCCGGCUCUCGAGCGUCGCCGACAUCCAGAGCUCACCCUACCUGGCUGACGUCAACUGGGACGCCGUUCUGGAAAAGGCCAUACCCCCCGGCUUCGUCCCGAACAAAGGUAGGCUGAACUGUGACCCCACCUUCGAGCUGGAGGAGAUGAUCCUGGAGUCCAAACCCCUCCACAAGAAGAAGAAGAGACUGGCCAAGAGCAAGUCGCGUGACGGCAACAAAGAGGCCUGCCCCCUGCCCGCUCAUCUGCAGGAGUGCCUGGAGACGGUGCGUCAGGAGUUCAUCAUCUUCAACAGAGAGAAACUGAAAAAGCAGGCCCCUGGCGUUCAGACAGCCAGCCUGGAGAGCCAGCCAGCCUCGCCAACCCCGGGAAAAAUACAGGGAGGACAGAACAACAACACAGUCCAGCCCUCAGAAGAAACUCCUGUCUAUAGCAGCUAAGCUGAACACUGUAGGGGUGCUGAACAUUUGAAGGUGGAACAAUCACCGCUGACACUGGACCGCUCUGAUUGCAUGUUCUCUUUUUUGCUACAAGGAAAAAAAAAAAUAAAUCAAAUAGGUACUGAAACUGAUCGCAGCAUAAAGCCCAGUGAUGCCACCCACGCUGACUACGACAUCACACGCUGACUGUGACAUCACACGCUGACUGUGACAUCACCUGGUGGGCCGUCGCUUUGUGCCACACUGCAUGGAGAGGAAACUUUUAAAAAAAAAAAAAAAAAAAAAAACGGAAGAUGUAGAGUCAUCAGAGUUUAGUUUGGCUCGUGGACCAAAAGCCACCACUUUUUUUUGACCGAAUACUGCUUUGCUGUACGAGUGUGUUUCUGGGAAGCCCAAAGGACUCUGUGCGUGUGCGU